UAUUGCGUUUUAUCCUCUCUCUCCCCUUCUUCUCUCUGCACAAAUCUUUAAAAUAACAAUACAAAACGUCCAUUCUUCCAUUUCUCUUUCUCUCUCUCUCUCUCCUCUUUUUUCUUUUUUCUUUUUUCGAUUCUCCAAGUUUUCUGCUGCCUUGAAAGGGGUUCUUCUUCUUUUUUUUUUUAAAAACAUGCAGCGAGGCUCAAGUAGCCCCCAUUAACUAGGGUUCUUCAGCUUCUUCUUUUCUGGAGAGAGAGAGAGAGAGAGAGCGAGAGAGAGAAAGUGAGGGAGGGAGGGAGGGAGGAAGAAAUAGCACAAGGGGUUUUUCCAUUUCACUCUCUCUCUCUUCUUCUUAUUGCUUUUUGGUUUUGGGGGUUUUGUGGGUCUUGUGGGUCUGUUAUUUCUUCUGGGUUUCUGUGGAACGCCUUCAUUUCAUUGAUUUCUCUAGCAAUGGGCUAAGUUCUUCGUUAAUUUUGUAAGCACCCCAAAAACAUUAGCGAGUGGAAGAAAUAAAUAAAAGAGGAAGUUAUAGAAGCUUUGGCCGAUGAGUUUUGGGGGUUUCCUCGACGGCGGCGGCGGCGGAGGUGCUGGUGCUCGAUUCGUAGCGGAUUUACCUUACACAAUUAACUCCACCACCAACAAUAACCCCACCGGCGGCAUCGGCGGUGGCGGAAAUAUAUCCUCCGGCGCAAUCGCUCCGCCGCGCCUCAUCACUCAAUCCCUCACCAAAUCGAUGUUCAACUCCCCUGGACUGUCUCUUGCUCUUACGAACAUGGACGGCGGGCAGGGAGAUUUAGCUGCCCGAUUGCCCGAGGGUUUCGAGCAUAAUGUUGGAAGAAGAGGCAGAGAGGAAGAGCACGAGAGUAGAUCUGGGAGUGACAACAUGGACGGCGGCUCCGGCGAUGACCAGGACGCUGCCGACAAUCCUCCGAGGAAGAAGCGUUACCACCGACACACUCCUCAGCAAAUCCAAGAGCUCGAAGCUGUUUUUAAAGAGUGCCCUCAUCCUGAUGAGAAACAACGCCUCGAGUUGAGUAGGAGGCUGUGCUUAGAAACUAGACAAGUUAAAUUUUGGUUCCAAAACCGGAGGACCCAAAUGAAGACCCAGUUGGAACGCCAUGAGAAUACUUUGCUUAGACAGGAGAAUGAUAAGCUUAGAGCUGAGAAUAUGUCGAUUCGAGAUGCUAUGAGGAAUCCAAUCUGUUCGAAUUGCGGCGGUCCGGCGAUUAUCGGAGAAAUCUCGCUGGAAGAGCAGCAGUUAAGGAUUGAUAAUGCUCGGCUGAAGGAUGAGUUGGACCGGGUUUGUGCACUUGCUGGGAAGUUUCUCGGCAGACCAAUUUUGUCACUGGCCAACUCCAUUGCACCUCCAUUGCCGAGCUCAAGUCUGGAACUGGGAGUUGGGAGUAAUGGAUUUGGUAAUUUGACCAUGGCGACUUCAAUGCCUAUUGGACCGGAUUUUGGAGGUGGGUUGUCGGGUAAUCUGGCUGUCGUUCAGCCACCUGUGAGGCCAACACCGGGGACAGGACUUGAUCGUUCAGUUGAACGAUCUAUGCUACUAGAGCUUGCUUUGGCUGCCAUGGAUGAAUUGGUCAAAAUGGCGCAGACUGAUGAGCCACUUUGGAUUGGUAACUUGGAAGGUGGAAGAGAAAUACUGAACCAGGAAGAAUACAUGAGGACAUUCACUCCUUGCAUUGGAAUGAAAUCGAAUGGUUUCGUCACGGAGGCGUCGAGAGAAACUGGCAUGGUGAUCAUCAACAGCUUGGCUCUUGUUGAGACAUUGAUGGACUCGAAUCGAUGGGCUGAGAUGUUUCCAUGUAUGAUUGCUCGAACGACGACCAUCGAUGUGAUCUCCAGUGGCAUGGGGGGAAGCAGGAAUGGUGCACUUCAACUGAUGCACGCAGAGCUUCAAGUGCUCUCACCUUUGGUGCCAGUCCGGGAAGUCAGUUUUCUUCGGUUCUGCAAGCAGCAUGCCGAAGGGGUAUGGGCAGUCGUCGACGUAUCGGUCGAUGCCAUGAGAGAGACGCCAACUGGUGGGGGUUCGCCAUUCAUCAACUGCCGAAGGCUUCCUUCUGGGUGUGUCGUUCAAGACAUGCCCAAUGGGUAUUCCAAGGUUACGUGGGUGGAACAUGCAGAGUACGAUGAUAGCCAAGUCCACCAGCUCUACCGUCCCCUACUCAGCUCCGGCAUGGGCUUCGGAGCACAACGGUGGGUUGCCACCCUUCAACGGCAAUGUGAAUGCCUCGCCAUUCUCAUGUCAUCAGCUGCACCAAUACGAGACCACACCGCCAUAACUGCUGGCGGGAGGCGGAGCAUGCUGAAGCUAGCGCAACGAAUGACAGCCAACUUCUGCGCAGGCGUGUGUGCAUCCACAGUGCACAAAUGGAACAAGCUGAAUGCUGGGAGCGUCGAUGAGGACGUCCGAGUCAUGACACGAAAGAGCGUGGACGAUCCUGGGGAACCUCCAGGCAUUGUGUUGAGUGCAGCUACGUCGGUAUGGCUCCCGGUAUCGCCCCAACGACUUUUUGAUUUCCUCCGUGACGAGCGGCUGAGGAGUGAAUGGGACAUCCUAUCCAACGGCGGCCCCAUGCAGGAGAUGGCUCAUAUCGCCAAAGGCCAAGAUCAUGGCAACUGCGUCUCUCUAUUAAGAGCCAGCGCUAUGAAUGCGAACCAGAGCAGUAUGUUGAUUCUACAAGAGACAUGCAUAGACGCGGCCGGCUCCCUUGUGGUCUACGCGCCGGUGGACAUCCCGGCAAUGCACGUAGUGAUGAAUGGCGGCGAUUCGGCGUACGUGGCGCUUUUGCCUUCGGGGUUUGCGAUUGUGGCUGACGGCGCGGUGACAGGUGGGAGGAGUCCGAGUGGCGGGGAGGGAGGGCGGCAGGGUGAGAGAGGGACAGGCGGUGGGUCCCUGCUCACCGUGGCAUUUCAAAUCCUGGUGAAUAGCCUCCCUACAGCGAAGCUCACCGUGGAAUCGGUUGAAACAGUCAACAAUCUCAUCUCUUGCACCGUCCAGAAGAUCAAGGCCGCUCUUCAAUGCGAAACCUGAUGCCCGAUCCGCGCGUGACUCCCCACGUGCUGAUGGAAUUAUAUAUUUUUUUUUACCCAAAAAAA